GGGGUCUCACACUCCUGGGCUCAAGUGAUCCCCCAAAGUGCUGGGAUUACGGGCGGGAGCCACGGCGCCGGGCCUUAAAAUUGAAUUUUCGAACCUUAUUGUUAGUUAUGUACUUCUUUACCUAUGACACUAGACUCCCCAAAAUACCAAAAACAAGAUUGGUGUCAUUUAUCAUUGUGUUACCCUCAAGCUGUUAGCAUAGUGCUUUGCAUAUAGGUGUUAAAUGUUCGAAAAUACAGUUCCAAUACAUCGUUUAUGGAAUAUUAAUAGGCUAUUAAUUCAGUAGCAAAAACACCAGCUUUUGCAUCUUUUAAAAUAUAAGUCAAUCUUUUUUCCCUAAAGAAGGCAGCUUCGUCCCUCCCCUCACUCCCCUAAUACUCUUCCAUCACACACAAGAAAGAAAAUACUUAUAUAUAUUAAGUAGGGUCUCCAGAGGGAAGGCUGGCAGGAUACAAUAACUUUUCCAAGAGAUCUGACAGUUCUAUCCACAACACUCGGGGAAAACUAUUUCGGGGGUCGGGUGGCGGGGGAGGGGGGCGUUGGGAGCGGAAAGAACGUUUUUCUGAGCGCAGGUGUCACUGGGCCAACUUCACCCAGCCUACAUUCCUUUAAGGCCCCCGUGGACUGCUCUGGGAUGAAAUCGGAGGCUGACUGGGACUCCAGCCGCCGGCCUCCUCGCGUGGAGCCUUGCUGCUCCUCUUGCCGCCUUCCGCUGGCCGGGACCGUUUUUAGGCCUUUGCCACGCCUCGGGAGCGCCACGAACCCAACGGCCGCCUUCCGGCUCGCGGUCUGCGGACGCGCUCGGAGUUGGGGGCCUCCGCCAACAACUGCCGUACCGUGCCGGGUCGCAGCCGCACGCUAGCGGGGUGAACGGCGCGGCGGGCGCAGGGGUCCUCGCCAAGGUUCGGACGAGGACCUUGAAAAUGGCUUCCGGGCAUGCGCCACAGCAGCCGUUACGAGACGCAAAACCGACGCCUUGGAGCCGAGAGCCUAGAGGGACGGAGCUCGGCGCACCAUGAGGCUCCCGGGGCCCAGGGCCGACCGUGAGAGCGCACGAGGUUGGCGAGCCCCGCGGGGAGGCCCAAGCGCGGGUGCGGGCGCCGGCGUAGCCGCGGCGGUAGCGUCACGCAGCGAGGCCGUGCGUGCGCGGGCGUCAGGGCGGCGCUGAGUUGAGGACGCCGGCGGCUCCGCACCGAGCUUUGCUUUUUCUGUUGGGCAUGCGUCUUACCGCAAGGUGAUGGAAGCGACGGCCCGUGCAAAGACAGAAGCGUUGGUUUCACUGAGUCAGUGCUGAUUUCUCUCAAAUAGAACCUGAAGGAUAAAUCUUCAUUUUUGUUUCAACAAAACCUCGAAACAAAAUGGAAGAAAAUAAUCUACAGUGCAGUAGUGUGGUUGACGGUAAUUUUGAAGAAGUUCCUAGGGAGACGGCAAUUCAGUUUAAACCUCCACUAUACAGACAGCGGUACCAGUUCGUUAAAAAUUUAGUGGAUCAACAUGAGCCUAAGAAGGUUGCAGACCUGGGAUGUGGUGAUACUUCACUCUUAAGGCUGCUAAAAGUCAAUCCAUGCAUUGAAUUGCUUGUUGGAGUAGAUAUUAAUGAGGAUAAAUUACGAUGGAGAGGGGAUUCGUUAGCUCCUUUCUUGGGGGAUUUUCUGAAACCUCGGGAUCUGAAUUUGACCAUCACAUUGUAUCAUGGCUCCGUUGUGGAGAGAGACUCUCGUUUGCUUGGAUUUGACUUGAUAACGUGUAUUGAAUUAAUAGAACAUUUGGAUUCAGGUGAUCUGGCCAGAUUUCCUGAAGUGGUAUUUGGGUACCUGUCUCCAUCCAUGAUUGUCAUCAGCACACCAAACUCUGAAUUCAAUCCCCUGUUUCCAUCAGUGACCUUAAGAGAUUCAGAUCAUAAAUUUGAGUGGACCAGAAUGGAGUUUCAGACUUGGGCUUUAUAUGUGGCAAAUCGCUAUGAUUACUCUGUGGAGUUUACUGGUGUCGGGGAACCACCAGCUGGAGCUGAGAAUGUUGGAUACUGUACCCAGAUAGGAAUCUUCCGGAAAAAUGGAGGAAAGGCAACAGAAUCAUGUCUUUCAGAGCAGCAUGAUCAGCAUGUUUAUAAAGCUGUUUUUACCACCUCAUACCCGAGCUUACAGCAGGAAAGGUUCUUUAAACUCGUGUUGGUUAAUGAGGUGUCCCAACAAGUGGAAAGCUUAAGAGUGAGCCACCUGCCAAGGCAGAAAGAACAGGCUGGGGAACAGGGUGAUAAGCCCAAAGACAUUGGUGGCUCAAAGGCCCCUGUCCCAUGCUUUGGACCAGUCUUCACAGAGGUUGAGAAGGCCAAGAUAGAGAACUCUCCCACACCCUUCUGGGUUGGAGAUAAAUUUUUUGUACCUCUGCAGAGACUCCUUGCGUAUCCCAAGUUGAACCGCUUAUGUGCUAAUGAAGAGAUGAUGAGAUCGGUCAUUGCUGACUCAAUUCCUCUGAGCAGAGAUGGUUCUGCAGUGGUGGCUGACCUGCGUAAUUAUUUUGAUGAACAGUUUGAGUUUUGAACCAUGUUUAUUUCCUGAAAUUUCAGGGUCUCAGCGAUAGUUGUGCUCACUUAGAAUUUAGGUUUUUUUGUGUAAUCUUUAUUCAAGUAAUGUUUUUAAAGUUUCACUGCAAAAGUCUAUGUUCCAAGCCAUUGGACAGACCUGCUUGAGAUAUGGCCAGACUGCAGUGAGCCCUGAGAAAGAUAUUAGGGUUUAACUAAAAACGGGUGCUUUCCUUUGAUCUUGGACUUUCUUGUUUUCUCGAGAAUAAAGAAGUUGGAUGUGGUAA